AUGUCCGUUGACUUCCUUUUGUCUCGCAAAUCAAACCGCUCCCACAAACCCACCAAUCGUUUAUUGGGCUCUGAAUUACUGCCUUCUCUUCCGCGCACUGCUAGGGUCCCUCCCGAAUGUUCUGGUCCUGUCAACAUUCCCCACUCUGUGGGCAAAUUCCUGGAUGUAGAGGCUGCCGCCUCUGACACUGAUAGCUGCGGUGAUCGUCUUGAGGAGACCAAUGCGGAUGUGAACAAGCAUGAGUUGGACUCCGUCAUUGUUGCGGAUGACAUCGGUGAUGGCUCUUCCAUCGAAUGGUCUGCAAGUCCUCCCCGUGUCCAGGUUGACAUCGAACGGUCGCCAAGUCCUCGCGUCUAUGCUUCUCAAUCCCAGGAUGAAUCUGCCGAUGAUAUGGAAGUCACUCUUCCUGAGAAGGCUUUCAAAGACUCAGCAUUGCCUGUACCAGAAGAGCUUUACUCCAAUCGUGUUCGUCAGGGUACUCCGGAGGAAAAACACCCCUCCUCACCAAAAUUGUAUAGGUCUGUUGUUAUCUUUUGUUAUCUUCUGUAUCCAGUAACGAAAAAUUUCAGCCCGAUUGAGCUGAGCGAUGAUGAAUAUCCCGUCCUCCCUCCUUCUCUGAGUAAGCCUAAGGAGCCUCUUAAGCCUUUCUUGUUGCGUAGCUCCAAGAUGCCUUUGAAACGGUCGCUCUCUACCGUUUCCCAUUCCGACAGCUUGGCUUCAAUGUCCCUUUCCCCUCCGAAAAAUCUUACAUCAAUCGUCGUGAAUGGGCGAACAUAUUAUGCUUCUGAUGAUCCCAACUUCAUAAAUCUAGUCUCGUCACCUUCAUCUUCUCUGCACGGUGGCACUCCUGUGCGUUCGGUGGUCGCAGAUGUUGUCUCCUCCCAAAUGGACUUCCCUUCUUCUCCUCCAUCUCCUCAGGUGGAUGAUGAUUCUUUUGACUUAUGUUAUCCACCCGAGUCACCCAAAAACGCAAUGUCCCCUAUACCUGCUCCACCCUCAUCCCAUAGCCUUUCAAUUGAGGACUAUGACAACAUGGACAUUGACCUCCCUGCGAAUUUUCAUUCAAUUCAUGCCUUACGGACUCCCUCGCCUGAUUUACCUUCCAAUCCGUUAGAAGGAUGGAUUCCUACUCCUCGAUCCUCGUCCACUUUGGAGUCCCGCACGGGUCCUGUUCUUCCUACCACUUUGCCAUCUAAAUCCAAAAUCUUCCCAUCAAAAUCAGAGCGGGGCAUGCCCCCUCUGAUGAUACCCUAUGGGACUUCACCAUCUCCUCCUCGUUCUCUCAUAUCGUCGCCAAGUCAUUCUAAUUCUGACACAUCUACGGUGAAUACGUCGCCAUCUAAAACUUCUGCCUCUGGGUCUCCAUCUUCAAGACUCAAAGGGAAAGAUCUUCGGUUCCAUCCUUUCUCCCAUUCUAAACGAACUGCUCCUACCACUCUUGUUAUGGGAACCACACCGGUGAAGUCCCUUUCAAAACCCUCUGCUGCAGGGAAGAAUUAUCGCGAUGACAUUAUCCAUCGUGCACUCACAGAUGCUUCGUUCCCUCCUUCGACUCUUCCUAUUGAAGUUGAUAAGAAGGCCUCUUCAUCUCCUCUUCGCAAGUCACGCAAAGAACUUAUAUAUGAAGCCCUCAGCAAGGACGCUCCCAUGGACUUGGUAGAUUCGUCUGAUGUUGAGGAACAAUAUCGUGGGCCUCAGGAUGUCGCUCCUUACAUUGACAAUAAUCUGGGCGAAAAUGGUGUCCUCAAUGCAGAGUGGAUUGAUCCUCGUUUUGCCGCCUCAUUUAGAUCUGUGGUUAACCUCCCUGCCGUCACAAUUAGGCCCGUAGCUGAUGAAAGCAUAACUGAUGAUGAUGAUUAUCUUCUCUACCGUGAUAUGGUAUCAGGAAUUACCGCUAGUCAGGAAAAAUGUAUCCGCCAAACUGUGAAUUUCGUUCGAUCUGCCAACAUAUUCAAUGGCGCUCGUUUCGAUCCAACUCCUCCCUGUGCAAUUACUUGUCCUACAAUCAACAACAAAAUUCACCUGAUCCUUGCCAAAGAUCGUUUCUUCAAUGCUGUCUUCCUCACAGUCGGCCGUGUGGCCGAAUCAUACAUAUUUUGUCCCAAAUCCUUUCUUGUUAAAGAUAAAGCUGUCCGAUACAUUCAAGGCUUACGUGUUCAUGGUCUUAUGCAAGAAUCACAGCGACUAUUUGCUUGUUUCGGAAGCCUUAUUGGUUCUUCAAAAUUUGGGUGCCCUGUCUCUGAGGGUAUCAUCGAUUUCCGUUCUAACCAACGUUUCGACUUGGAUGCAUGGAAGGAUGAUCCUGAUAAUCUCAGUCCUCUAGAGCCUGUGACCCCUGGUAAAAAGCGCGAUAUCUCCAAUGUACCGAAGAAUAUUCAUUGCAAAAAUCCUUUACCCUUUUCUCGUGCAGUCCCGAUCUUUGAUGGAAGGGACUCUUUUGUCGCUUUGCCUGCGCAGUUAAAUCAAAUCGGCUCUCGUACCUAUCCUCUCUACAAAAACUCGGAAGAAGAUAUUCCCAUUGGCUGUAUCGUUUGCAUAGGGUAUACUGCUCAUACGUGGCAGUCUUCUGGGUCAUACAAGGCACCUCCCCUUUCUCUUUCUCUUGGUCUACAAUUUGUCGUAGUCCUCGCCCUUCCACCCGGCUAUGAUGGGCCAGCUCCUCCCAAAUCCGUCUCCUCGCGUCCUUUUCCCAAACCAAUAUACAAUACUCCGACUCGCACCAAAGAUUUCCCGGGCCCUCCUCGUCGCAAAUCUUCUCUUUCAAAGCCGCCUUCAGACAAUGUGGCAGGGUCUUCACGUAUUCCUCGCGAUGGAAAUGUUGAUUCCGACAAUGACAGCCCUUAUCUCAAUGGAGGUGGCCUCAAGGGAGGCUUCGAAUAUCAUGAAGAUGUAAUGAUGUCGAAAUCAAACCGUAAAGGGAGGUAG